UCACACUUCACCCUACACAGCACGGCUGGCGCACACACAUUCUGUGUGUGUAUUUGUGAAAUUGACCUCGGGAAAUCAGACGGCGCGGAGCCGCUGGCACUAAAGGGAAGGACAAAAGGGUUUUGUUUUAUAUUCCUCUGCCUUCCUGCCCUCCUACCUGUGAUCACUCGGAACUCCGGCAACACCUGGGCGCCGCUGCCCGAGAGAAAAGAGGGAGAGAUCCGAAGCAGGAUUUCGUGCGAGCCGAGGGAAACUUUACAGCGGCACCAUUUCACCAGCGAUCCCUCCCAACUUUGCAACCCCCGAGGAAGCGAGGAACCCAUGGAGGUCGGGGUGGAGGAACCGGUUGCCGAGAGGAUUUAAGGUGAAAUUACUCCUCGCUGUUCCGUGUCGAGAGCUUGGGCUUGACUCCCCGGUCGAUUAUUAACUGCUCCAGUCUCCCGUACACGGAGGGGAAUGGGGAACCAGGUGGAGAGACUUACGCACUUGAGCUACGCCGAAGUUCCCACGGCUGACCCGGCGGGGAGCGACCGGGAGGAGCCGGGACCGCGCAUCGGGGUCUCUUACAUCUUCUCGGUGGACGAGGACGAGUUGGAGGAGCCGGUGCCGAGCGAGGCGGGGACAGGGGAGAGCGAGGAGGGCAGUUACGAUGCGCGCAACGAAGUGGAGUGCUCGGUCUACUACAGGGACCAGUGCAUCUACGAGAAGAGGGGCAGCUUCGGCAAGAGCGAGGGAGGAGGGGGCGACCUGUCCACCCAACCUCCCGAGACCCUGCUCAACAAAUGCAAGCCCGGCGACCUGGUGGAAUUUGUGGCCAAGAACCAGUGCCCGCACUGGGCCGUGUACGUGGGCGAUUUCCAAGUGGUGCAUCUGCACAAAGCCGAGAUCAAGAACGACUUCUUGACCGACGCCAGCCAGGGCAGGAGGGGCCGACUGGUUAACCACCUGUACAAGUUCAAAGCCCGGCCUCCCGAGAGCGUGGUGCAAUGCGCCUUGCAGCAGGUGGGACUCAAGGGGGUCCAACUGAUCUGGAGAAGCUCCGAGUGCUUCGCCGCAUGGUGCCGGUGCGGCAGGAGGGAGUUCAAGGCGGGGGGAGAGCUGAGGAUUGGCAAGCAGCCUUACCGCUUGAAGAUCCACCUGAGCGACAGGGCGAGCCACACGCUGGAAUUCCAGAGUCUGGAAGACCUGAUCAUGGAGAGAAGGAGAAACGAUCAACUCGGCAAGGUAGCCUUGAUGCAGGAGUUAACUACACAUCUGGAGACCGAGGAGCAACAUAGGACUGAACUCGACGCUCAAUGAGUGAGGAUUAAAAAGCCAGCCAUUCUCCAACGAACUUUAAAGAGGGCACAGAAUUAUGUGUCUGGCUGUUACAUUCCAUUAAGACCCCUGCGGGAAACUGACAUUAAUUCUUCUUGGCAAGUCAGGAUGGAGGGUGAUUUGGUUCCCUGGGUCCUGAGUGUUUGCAGUUAACUUGAACAACGCCCACAAGCAGUUGCAACACAGGGCUGUAGGUUGCUCUGCACCUGAACUGAAACUUUAAAAAAAAUCGCCCCUAAAAGCAGCCACUUCGCCACUUCUUUUCCUUCCCUUCCUCCGCUCAAGCGGCGAGGUGCUUGCUGUGACCGAGAGCAGACUUCUCUCCGACCAGGGAAGGCUGCGGAGUCAAUGGUUCCUUCAAAAUGAAGGGCAAAGUUUAAUAAACGGAAUGAAUGGCUUUUGUGCUGAAGGGAUUAGGUUGAUCUGGAGAUGGAUUGCGGUUAUAAACAGGAAGACGGGUAAACACUUAUGAAGACUGAGCAAUGCUUGCUGGAUUUUAAUGAUCACAGGGAGAAGUGCUUCAGUGAACUGCAUCAUUCACCAAAUAUACCCUUCUCUGGUGUUUUAUUAAACAUAGAGACUUUAUAUGGUUGAUUUGAGAAAUAGUGCUCAAUAGAUUUUAUUUUCUUAAAUUUGGUUUAGAAGCCCCUACUAAUCUAGGCUGGUUUCCAGUGUUUCUGCCAUCAUCAGUACACUCAGAGAAUGCACAAUGUCCAUAAUUCUUGCAUAUCUUUAUUGAAAUUGAAUUAAAUAUUUUUGUAAUGAUAUUUUUGAAUUAUCGUGCACUGUUAUGCACUGCUGUUCAUUUUUUUCACCUGCCUUAAUGUUGAUGUGCAUAACAUAUCAAAAUUUAGAAAGGUUCUAAAGAUCUACAGAACACUCAGACUAUGUAUUGAUUAUGUCUUAAUGAGCACUUGUGUUAACAGCAAAACCAUGUAAUAAAAAUGUUGAAUUACAUGGUUUUCCUUGUGAGAAUCUUUAUACAGCGUUCCUGUAAACCAUAGUAAUGAGUUGUCAGGAAACUUUCCCUACCUCACUAUCUCCCCCUUAAAGAAGUGUUAGACCAUUACUGAACUCUGUUAGCUGUCUGGCUCAACUUUCUGUGAAGAUACUAAGAACAAGGGAGCAUGCAGUGGCAAGAGGGGCACAGGAGAAUUCCCUCCCCCCCCCCCCCCGAUAAUCAUUAAAGACGUGUGUACGCAUCUAUAAUGUGCAUCUGAUUAAAUUGUCCAUCCAAGCGCAAUCAAGUUGAAUUUCUGAGCCCACUAUGUAAGAAAAUAAAUAUAUUUGAAGGCACGUGAUAGAAAAAAAUGCUUAGGCAGUGGCUUCCCUUGUCAUUAGCCUGAUCACUAAUCUUUUGAAAACAUCAAUCAAAAAUACAUCUGACUCCUGUUGUGAUCAGUGAGUGCUUCAAGUGAAUUGACCAGUCUUACAGAACAGGGAGAUCUGUCCGUAUUGUAGAGUGUGUUGGGUUAGUUAUUCUUAGCCAGCGAUCCAGUAAAGAGCCUUUGGGUAAAAUUGGUUAACAUUUUCCAAAAUUUUUGAUUUAGGAAGCUCACCUGGAAAGAUCAGGUGAGGUCACUGUGUUUGGCUUCAGGUAUGAAGUCUGGACUUUUGAACAAGGUUUCAGAAAUCACUUUGUGAUUGUUUAAACAGUGUUGGAAAGAAAGUGGCUUCUGAGGAGAGGAGGGGGAAGAUUUUUACAGAGUUUUAGAAAAGCAAUGGAGCUAAACAUGGUCAGAACUAUCUUUAAUUCAAAGGGAGUUCUUGAAGGAUUGUUCUGGCAUUUAGGUGCAAUCGUAUGAUUUAAUUAUGAGCUAUAGAAAUAAAAGGCAUCAGUUGACAAGUGUGAGGGAGUUGAAGAACUGUCUUUAAGCUGCAUUUAUAUUUAAAUAAAUCUGGUCUUUGAAAUGCUUGCCUACUACAAACUCAACCCCUCUAGUUUGUGGCACAUUGAAAACUUGCUGUUCUUAGGGGAUCAAAAAGAUUUCAAAACACUUGAACUUGAGCAUAGCUUCUUCAAAAGAAAGCAUUGCAUUUAUGUAUAUUUUUAUUUACAAUUGUAAGAUGUCACAAAUCAUUUCAUAACAAAUGUACUACUUUUCAAAUUGUAUUGACUGCUGUGGUAUAGGCAAUUUAACAAUCAAUUUAUGCACACCAAGGUUCCACAAACAGUAUUGUGAUAAUGACUGCAUAAUUGGUUGAUACCAGACACUGUGGAGAUCUCCCUCACUUUGAUUCAUGUUCUUGGGAUCAACCUGAGAGGGAAAGCAGGAUUUCAGAUUUGUGUUCCAGAUGAAAAGUUGAGGCCUGGGCAGAUGAUCAUAGUGAAUGGCAGGGCAGACUUGAGGGGCUAAGUGACCUAAUCUUGCUCCUAUCUUCUUAUGGGUUUGGGCCUGGCUUUGGGCCUCUACUCAAUGGAGUUCAGAAGGAUGAGGGGAGAUCUCAUUGAAACCCACUGAAUACUGAAAGACUUGGAUAGAGUGGACAUGGAGAGGAUGUUUUCAUUAGUAGGAGAGUCUAGGAUCCCAGGGCACAGCCUCAGAAUAAAAGGAUGUCUCGUUAAACCUGAGAUGAGGAGGAAUUUCUUCAGCCAGAGGGCGGAAUUUGUGGUGGUGGAGGCCAAGUCAUUGGGUAUAUUUAAAGCAGAGAUUGAUAGGUUCUUGAUUGGUGAAGGGGGUUAAGGGUUACGGGGAGAUAGUGGGAGAAUGGGGUUGAAAAAUAAAUCAGCCAGGAUUGAAUGGCAGAGCAGACUUGAUGGGCCGAAUAGCCUAAUUCUGCUCCUAUGUCUUAUGGUCUAAUGUCUUGUCCAAAAAGCAGCCCCCUAAGAGUGCUCCAUUCCCUUGGUGCUGCAGUAAAGGGUCAGGAUGUUUUGUGUACACAGUUUUCUGAAGUGGCACUUGAACAUGUAACCUUCUGGCUCAGCUUGGGUAUAAUAUUGAAACCCAACCGAAGCCCAACCCAACCAAAGGCAAUCCAAACCCAACCAAUCCCCAAGUAGUUAUAAUAUUUUGUAUCCCUGACCCAGGUCCCUUCUGAACCCAUUUGUGGGAAAGUUGACACUGACAUUGCUACUGAUCAAAAACAGAGAAUAGAUGAGGUGCUGCUAAGCAAAUCCUGCCAGACCCAACCAGAAUUCAAAUGUCCAAUCAGAGUAUACAUCUGACUUGGAUCAAACCCAUAAAGAUGGCAUUGAAGACCGGGACUCAAGGGACUGAGUUAUGAAGAGAGGUUGAGCAGGCUAGGACUUUAUUCAUUGGAGCGUAGGAGUUUGAGGGGUGGUAUUAUGUAGGUGUGUAAGAUCUUGAGGGGCAUACAUAGGGUGAAUACACACAAUGUCACAAUCUUUUUCCUAGGGUUAGGGAAUCAAGAACUAAAGGGUACAGGUUUAGGGUGAGAGGGGAGAGAUUUAACAGGAACCUGAGGGGGAUCUUUUCACCCAGAGGGUGGUCCAUAUAUGGAAUAAGCUGCCAGAGGAGGGGAUUGAGACAGGUACAUUAACAACAUUUAAAAAGUACUUGGACAGAUACAUGGAUAGGAAAGGUUUAGAGGGAUAU